UGCAGGUUGUAGUGUGGGAAUAGAAUCCAAAGCAAGUGACAAUCUGGAACCGAAAAACGGUGCACAUGACAUUAUAGGACCAGAAACAACAAAAGGUCAGAACAUGGAACAAGAAAUCCCUACAAGCGAAAGUAGGGGACAAGAGCCUGUUAAUUCCACUGCAGGUGACAGUAUGGACCAGGAAAACACUGCACACGACAUUACAAGACCAGAAACAACAAAAGAUCACAACAUGGAACAAGAAACCCCUAUAAGUGAAAGUAGGGGACAGGAAACUUUUGAAGAUGAUGGCAGCUGGCAAGAAAAUGUGGCAACUGAAAGCAAGGUGCAAGAAAAUACUGGGAGUGACAGUGAAGAACAAGAGGCCAUUGCGCGUGAUGGUACGGAACAAGACCUCAACGGGAGUGACAGUGAAGAAAAAGAGGCCAAUGCGCAUGAUGGUACAGAACAAGACACCAAUGGGAGGGACAGGGUAGAACAAGAGGUCACUGUGGGCGAUGGUAUGGAACAAGACCCCAAUGGAAGUGACAGUGUAGAACAAGAGGCCACUGUGCGUGAUGGUACGGAACAAAACCCCAAUGGAAGUGACAGUGUAGAACAAGAGGCCACUGUGGGCGAUGCUAUGGAACAAGACCCCGAUGAGAGGGACAGUGUAGAACAAGAGGUCACUGCGGGUAAUGGUAUGGAACAAGAUCCCAAUGGGAGGGACAGUGUAGAACAAGAGGUCACUGCGGGUGAUGGUAUGGAACAAGAUCCCAAUGGGAAUGAAAAUGAAGCACGAGACCUUGUGUGUGAUGGUAUGGGACAGCAUACCACUGCGAGUGACAAAGGAGAAAGAGGAAACCUUGUAGGAACGGGACAAAGAACCAUUUUAGCUGAUAUCAUCACUCCAGGUGACACCAGGGGACAAGACUCCACUCCGGGUGACACCAGUGGACAAGACUCCAUUUCGGGUGACACCAGGGGACAAGACUCCACUCCAGGUGACACCAGGGGACAAGACAUCACUCCGGGUGACACCAGGGGACAAGACAUCACUCCGGGUGACACCAGGGGACAAGACUCCACUCCGGGUGAAACCAGGGGACAAGACUCCACUCCGGGUGACACCAGGGGACAAGACUCCACUCCAGGUGACACCAGGGGACAAGACAUCACUCCAGGUGAUAUCAGGGGACAAAAAACCACUCCAGGUGAUAUCAGGGGACAAGACAUCACUCCAGGUGAGAGUACACAACAAAAAACGUCUUCAGGUGAAGGAAUGGGACAAAAUGUGACUUCUGUUGGCAGCAGAGAUGUAGCAAACACCUUAGUGCAAAGCGAAAUACUUGUUCCAAAGCCAAGAACAGCAGACGUUUAUUUACAUUUAAAUGAGGAUCAACACCACUUAACAUUAAGAUUAAAGCAAAUGCAAAAUGAAAAUGAGGAACUUAGAAAAAGUUUAGCUGAUCAAGAAGAGACAAACAAGCGGUUUCUGACAGACAGAGACAAUCUCAUUCAAAAUUUAAAAGAAUCACAAAAGAACUUAAAACAGGCACAAAAAGAAAAUAACAGUUUAAAGGAUAUGUUUGCUGAAGACAGGAAACAAAGUAACCUGUUGCGGGAAGAAAAGGAUAUUCUUAACCAAAGGUUAAAUGAAGUACAGAGUAAGCUAGAACAGUUACACAAGGAACACGAACAUUUGAAGAAAGACUUUACAGAAGGAAAGGAGGAAAAUGAGCAGUUACAGAAAGAAAAUGAGAAAUUUAAUAUUGAUCUGGCCAAAGAAAAGAAAAGCUAUGGGGAGUUGAUGGCAGAAAAAGAGAAUCUUAUUGAACAUUUAACUACAAUAGAACAUAGUCUAAAACAGCUACAAACCCAAUAUGGAGAACAAGAGAAAGUUUUAGCCGAGCAAAGGCAAAGCUAUGAGCAGUUGAAGGCAGAAAAAGAAACUCUUAAUCAAGAUUUACAAGCAGCAAAGCACGACUUAACACAGACGAAUAUCUUGCUGAAGGAAAAAGAAGCCGCUAUUAAAGUAUUUGAAAAUGAAUUGGAAGAAGGCAAGAAAACUACUGAUGAACAGGCUUGUCUGUUAACUGCUGCAACCACGAUCGUUGAAGUUAAGAGUGAGGACCGAAGUGAUUAUGGUCAAAUGGAGCAGACGAGAAGUGAGAAUGAUGAUGACUCGUGGUUCAGCAGACGUGAGAUUGGCCAAAACAAGCAGAUUCCAGUAACCUUUGGAUAUUCAGCUCGACACAAACAGAUGCUUGUUAAAGCUAAGAGUGAGGACCGAAGUGAUUAUGGUCAACUGGAGCAGACAAGAAGUGAGAAUGAUGAUAACACGCGGUUCAGCAGAUGUGAGAUUGUCCAAAACAAGCAGAUUCCAGUAACCUUUGGAUAUUCAGCUCGGCACAAACAGAUGCUUGUUAAAGCCCAUGCAGAGACCUCGUCGAGGGAAGAUGAAAGUGAAAACAUGGCAAAAGGACACAGAGGGAGACAAUUGACAGAUCUGGAAUUCAAAUUUUUUUUGGCUGAGCAAAGUAAGACCAUUGAUCAGCUGGAGUCAUACAAAGAGAAGCUGGACGAAGAUUUCUCUAGAGUCCAGUAUCACCUAACACAGGUCCAGAAUGAAUGCUCGGAAAUGGAGAAAUGUUUGGCCCAAGAAAGAGAAAGAAAUGAACAUUUGCAGGUAGACGAGGAGAAUGUUGGUGAAGAUUUAUCCAGAAUGCAGAGUUGCCUGACAGAGGUGGAAAAUGAAAAUGUAACACUAAAGAAAUGUUUAGCUCAACAAACUGAAACAAUUGAUCAGUUGAAUUUCUGCAAGGAUACUCUUGAUAAAGAAUUAAACGAAGCUAAAGGUUCCCUUGAAGAGGUACAAAGAAUGCUACAGGAAUCAGAAUUAGUCAAGCUCAAAGGCACUGUAGAUGAACUGAAUGCCAAGUUGACAGAAGUGUACACCAGUGAAGAAGAAAAUAAAGAGAGACUCAUGAGUGAAGCUGAAAGACGAAUUACAGAACUGGAGUUGGACGGUCGAGAUAUGAAGCAUGAAAUAGAGAAGAAAGAAAAAGAAAUUGAAAAAUUUGAAGCGAAACUGAGAGAAUCAUGUGAACGGAUUACAGAGCUGGAGUCAAACAGCGAAAACACGAGGGUUGAGAUCGAGAAGAAAGCAAGAGACAUUCAAAGAAUCGAAGCCAAUCUGCGUGAGACCAAUCGACGAAUUACAGACCUGGAAGAACAAAAAAUCAUUUUCGACGGGAAAGAAAGAGAAUUUGAGCGCACCAAAGCACAACUGAACGCAGCGGACCAGCGAAUUACAGAACUGACGUUAGACGGUCAAAACACGAAGCUCGAGAUGGCCAACAAAGGAAGAGAACUUGAAUUACUCAAAGAACAAAUGGCGAAUGUUACCACUCAGUCCCAGGCUCGUGAGAACCAAAGUCGACUGAUGUCAGAAAGUCUCAACAGGGAAUUAGAACAGUUACGACAACAAAUGGCGACUGUUACCGCUCAGUUCCAGGCUCGUGAGAACCAAAGUCGACUGACGUUAGAAAAUCUCAACAGGGAAUUGGAACAGUUACAACGGAAGUUUAAAGGUAUAUCACAUGAAACCCGUCAUUCUAACGGUCGUUACUAGAAAACCUGCUUACCAAGGCCCGGAAACCGUGCCUGUGUAGCAGAAUGCUGGAGUGUAUUUACUCUCUUAGGCCCAACACACACCGAAGCUGUGUCUGGUUCUGGGUCUGGCGAUUUUGGCAAAUACGCAAUGUCUGAUGUAUUUUGACGUUUGGGUCUGUAACUGUAACGUCUUAUUAAUAUAUCUAUCUAUCUAUCUAUCUAUCUAUCUAUCUAUAUAUAUAUAUAUAUCUGUCUAUCUAUCUAUCUAUCUAUAUAUUAAUGCGUUCUUAUCUUUAGAUAAAUUUACUUCUAUAAAGAUCAACAAUAAGUAUGAGAAAUCCACAUUGAUUAAUGUAUACCUUUGAUGUUGGUUAUUAAGAAAAAUUAACGAGUAAGGUUCGAACAUUGUGCAGCUGCCAGUCUGGCAAUGUGGAAAUAUAGCGCAUGUUCUAUGUCGUCUGUUGUCAGAUUUGUAAUUCGCGCCAGUUUGUCACAUUCGAUUCAGUGAUUUUCAUUGUCUACUGGUACCAUACUUGCCAGAGUAUACCAUAUUCAGACCCAGACCGGAUCCAGUGUGUUUUGGGCCUUAGGAAAGAAGAUCUGUGAAAUAUGGUUCGAGGUCUAAUAUUUAUAGGUGUUGUAUAUUCGUGUGUUUUUUUAUAUUCAUGGUGUUGUAUAUUCGUGGGUGUUAUAGCCUAAAGGAAUUUAGGUAUUGUCCAAUUUGUUAUCUUUUUGCUAUGUAACUUGUUUAGCAACAAUUUAUUUGGGAAACCUCUCUUGUUGUCCAGUAGAAAACUUAAACAUUAUUAUUCUUGAGUUAAUUAUGGAAAGAUUAUGUAUGAAAUUGAUUUAUUUGUAGUUAUUUAUUACAAAUAAAUAUGAAUAUAACAAAGUAUAAGGCAUUCGUAAUUCA